AUGCCAUCCCCAUCCAGCCCAACGGCUGGGAACGCCAACGGCGGCGACCACGCACGAGCGCGCCCAGCACCGUCGAAAAACAAGUCAUCGUCCUCGACGUCCUCGCGGCGGCAGCGACGACGCAGGAAACCCGCCGCGGGGAGUGCCUUCUCGGCGCAGUUCCGGCUCAACCGACAGCGCGGGGAGACGGAGGCGCUGCUGGCGACGCAGCACGACGAGGAGGACUUUGCCGACAGCGAUGGCCUGUACCCACCGCACUGCACGUGGACGAGCCGCGACCAGGACCGCCUGGGCGGGCGUCCGCCGGCCGAGGCAGAUCCCUUUGGCAACGCGCACUGUAACGUCUAUGAGAAUAUUCAUCGGUGA